AGACAAAUUGUCUAUCCUAGAAGAAUUAAUGAAUGAAUCAACUUCUUUGAACCAUAACCAUAGAGAAAGUAGUUCCCACAACAAAACUUUCAUUCAACAUCUGUCCGUGUUUUUAUUUUGGUAUAUUUUCAUAGAGAUGACGACACCACGCCCAAAAUCACCUCGAACUCCUGUUUUACCUAAAAAGGAGGAUAAGGAAGAGUCCUUUUGGGAUAAAAUUGGAACGAUUGGCCGUAAGAAGCGUAUAAAGGAAGUGCAGGAAGUCCAAGCUGAAGGCAAACAUGCCAUUGACUCUCCCGGCAGCCCCACUGCACCUGAAAUUCCACCUGAAGACUACAGUUUAUUGGACAAUGAAGAAAGAGCCAUAAUAGAACCUCGAUCACUGGAAGAUCCCAGAGUAAAAGAUCUGAUACAAGUACUGAUUGACUGGAUAAACGAUGAGUUGGCAGCCCAACGGAUCAUCGUGAAGGAUAUCAGUGAGGACCUGUAUGAUGGACAAGUGCUGCAGAAACUGCUGGAAAAGCUUGCCAACAUGAAGAUAGAUGUGCCGGAGGUCACACAGUCCGAGGAGGGGCAGCGCCAGAAGUUACGAGUUGUGUUGGGAGCAGUGAACAGGGCCCUAUACGGCAGCUCAAAACCAGUCCAGAAGUGGAGCGUAGACUCCAUCCACUCUAAGAACGUGGUGUCCAUCCUGCAUCUCCUAGUGGCGCUGGCGCGGCACUACAGGGCUCCGGUGCGCCUGCCCGAGAACGUGCGGGUCACCGUGGUGGUGGUGAAGAAGGAUGCACCUAAUCACCUGUCUCACAGGACGUACGUGGACGACAUCACGACGACGUACGACGACCUCGGCAUGAAGUGCGAGCGAGACGCCUUCGACGCGCUCUUCGACCACGCGCCAGACAAGCUACUCGUCGUCAAGAAGUCACUGAUAACAUUCGUGAACAAGCACCUCAGCAAAGUGAACCUAGAAGUGACAGAUUUGGACCACCAGUUCCACGACGGAGUGUUCCUGUGCCUUCUGAUGGGUCUACUUGAGGGCUUCUUCGUACCUCUGUACGAGUUCCAUUUGACACCUCAAGACAAUGAGCAGAAGGUCCAUAAUGUGACGUUCGCUUUUGAGCUGAUGCAGGAUGUGGGGCUGGCCAAGCCGAAGGCCAGGCCUGAGGAUAUCGUGAAUCAUGAUCUGAAAUCAACGCUUCGAGUUUUAUACAACCUAUUUACUAAGUACAAGAAUAUGGCGUAGAGACGUCUAAACUAAGUAUUACAAACUAACUGCCUAAUAAAUUAAAAUUAUAUACAUUUGAAUCUUCGCGAGAGUUAUAUUUUGUAACAAAUAUUAACGUUAUUUUAUAAGAUACAUAUUAUAAGUAAUAUUUACUUUUUAUGUUUAAUGUGCAAGUGACAUAAUUGUGCCUAUGUAGAUUUAAAAUCUAAUAUAUAUUGUAAUGUAUUGUAACAAUGUGCCUUAAUUGUUAACUUAGGAAUAACUUAUUAAAAUAUUAGAAAAUACACAGGAAGUAACUAAUA